AUGAGGCAAAGAAGGGGUCAUGCAAUCAUGGUCGCAUUUCCAUUCCAAGGCCACAUAACUCCUUACAUGAAUCUAGCCAUGAAACUUGCUUCAAAGGGCUUCCUUGUCACCUUCGUCCACCUCGAAUUCAUACACCACAAACUGCUAUCAUCUCUCUCCGAACCCGACCCCUUCACCAUGGCUCGGAAGUCUGGUCUCGACAUCCGUUACACAACCAUUAGUGAUGGUUUUCCAAUUGAUCACGACCGAGUCGAUGACAAGUACUGGGAGUUCAUGUUGCUAAAUUUUUGGAUUCGUGUCGAUGAAUUCGUUGGCAAGCUAAUCCGGUCGUCGGAUCCAGAUUUGGUCCCAUUUCUGGUUACUGACACUUUGUUUACAUGGCAAACCGCAGUAGCCGAAAAGCACAACCUCUUGAAAGUAUCGUUCUGGACCGAGCCAGCUUUGGUGUUUUCUUUAGCUUACCACGUGCAACUUCUACGAGAAAAUGGCCAUUUUCCGUGCAAAGACCAUGUCGAGGAGGAGAUAAACUACGUAGACGGAGUUAAGUCAGUGAACACGAAGGAUUUGAUGCCGUAUCUGAAGGAAUGCCGCAGUAGAACCCUUGUGCACAAGGUGCAGAUGAAAGCGUUUGAUGAGGUGAAGAAGGCUGAUUUCAUCUUGCACAACACAGUUUAUGAGCUGGAAUCUGGUAUAUUAUCUGCUCUAAACAAAAUCCAGCCGAACUACGCAGUUGGUCCAAUAAGCUUCUCAAGAAAUCUACCUGCUUCUGUCACCAGGACCUUAUGGUCUGAAUCAGAUUGCUCUGUUUGGCUCCGGUCCAAGCCCCCUGGCUCGGUUCUAUACAUCUCGUUCGGAAGCUCACUUCAGGACAGCAAGCAGAUUGUUGGAGAAAUCGCUUAUGGACUUCUCCUCAGCAAAGUGAGUUUUGUUUGGGUGGUUCGGGAGGAUGCUGAUCUUCCGAGUAGCUUCAGGGAUGAGAUCACAGAAAGGGGUCUGGUCGUGCCGUGGUGCAAUCAGAUUAAGGUUCUUUCAGAUCCGGCUGUUGGGGGUUUCUUGACGCACUGUGGGUGGAACUCAGUGCUGGAGAGCAUGUGGUGCGGUGUUCCAAUGAUUUGUCAUCCAUUGGAUUAUGAUCAACCAACAAAUCGGAAAUUGGUGGUCGAUGACUGGAAGGUCGGGAUCAAUCUUUGCGAGGGUGGAUGUGUUGAGAGAGAAGAAGUUUGCGAGAAGAUGGACGGGUUCAUGAAUGGAGGUGUUUCGGAGAGACUGAGGAAGGAGAUGAAGAAAGUGAGGGAGAAACUGCAUGAUGCAUUGGAAAAUGAUGGAUCAUCUGAGGCUAAUUUUGAGCAAUUUGUGAAGGAUUUGAAAGCCAAAUUAGCUGCCAAUGCAGAGUGAUGUUGCACUAAGUUUCAAAAAGCUAUGAGAUUGAAGCUUUCGCUCUGCUUAAAGAAGAAUAAUUUGUUUAGCCUUUCAAUACACAAAGCAUGUACAAUACAGCUAGAAUACAUGAUUGAAUGAUGAUAUUUGAGAAUGUUUUAACAGAAAGAAUUCAUAAAUGCAAAACAUAUCAAGAUCCUUUCUCUGAUCAAUGUAGUAUUAUACUUUUCAA